CCUCCGGAUCCAGCCGGCGCCCCGAAGUCACCAUGAUGUGGCCCCCACCACCUACCUUCUCUCUGUUCCUGCUACUGCUGCUAAGCCAAGCCCCCUUCAGCAGGCCACAGUCAUCAGGCACCAAGAAGCUCAGGCUUGUGGGUCCGGCGGACAGGCCGGAGGAGGGCCGCCUGGAGGUGCUGCACCAGGGCCAGUGGGGCACGGUGUGUGAUGAUGACUUCGCUCUCCAGGAGGCUACAGUGGCCUGCCGGCAGCUGGGCUUUGAGUCGGCCCUGACCUGGGCACACAGUGCCAAGUAUGGUCAAGGAGAGGGCCCCAUCUGGCUGGACAAUGUUCGUUGUUUGGGCACCGAGAAGACGCUGGAUCAGUGUGGCUCUAAUGGCUGGGGUGUCAGUGACUGCAGACACUCAGAAGAUGUUGGGGUGGUAUGCCAUCCAAAGCGCCAGCACGGCUAUCACUCUGAGAAGGUCUCCAAUGCCCUUGGGCCCCAGGGCCGGCGGCUAGAGGAGGUGCGGCUCAAACCCAUCCUCGCCAGUGCCAAAAGGCACAGCCCAGUGACUGAGGGGGCUGUGGAAGUCCGGUACGAGGGCCACUGGAGGCAGGUGUGUGACCAGGGCUGGACCAUGAACAACAGCAGGGUCGUCUGUGGGAUGCUGGGCUUUCCCAGCCAGACACCUGUCAACAGCCACUACUACAGAAAAGUCUGGAAUCUGAAGAUGAAGGAUCCCAUGUCUAGGCUCAGCAGCCUGACAAAAAAGAAUUCCUUCUGGAUUCACCGGGUUGACUGUCUGGGGACAGAGCCCCACUUGGCCAAGUGCCAGGUACAGGUGGCCCCAGGAAGGGGCAAGCUUCGGCCAGCCUGUCCGGGCGGCAUGCACGCUGUGGUCAGCUGUGUGGCAGGGCCCCACUUUCACCGACAGAAGCCGAAGCCAAAGCGCAAGGAGUCCCGUCCAGAGCAGGAGCUGAAAGUGCGCCUGCGCUCUGGGGCUCAGGUGGGCGAGGGUCGUGUGGAAGUGCUCAUGAACCGCCAGUGGGGCACGGUCUGCGACCACAGGUGGAACCUCAUCUCAGCCAGCGUUGUGUGUCGCCAGCUUGGCUUCGGCUCUGCCCGGGAGGCCCUUUUUGGGGCCCAGCUGGGCCAAGGGCUGGGGCCCAUCCACCUGAGUGAGGUGCGCUGCAGGGGCUAUGAGCGGACCCUCGGUGACUGCCUUGCCCUGGAGGGGUCCCAGAAUGGUUGUCAACACGCAAACGACGCUGCUGUCAGGUGCAACAUCCCAGACAUGGGCUUCCAGAACAAGGUGCGCUUGGCUGGUGGGCGCAACCCCGAAGAGGGCGUAGUGGAGGUGCAGGUGGAGGUGAACGGCGUCCCACGCUGGGGGACUGUAUGCAGUGACCACUGGGGGCUCACUGAAGCCAUGGUGACCUGUCGGCAACUUGGGCUGGGAUUUGCCAACUUCGCUAUCAAGGACACCUGGUACUGGCAGGGGACGCCAGAGGCCAAAGAAGUGGUGAUGAGUGGAGUUCGCUGCUCAGGCACAGAAAUGGCCCUUCAGCAGUGUCAGAGGCAUGGGCCCGUGCACUGCUCUCACGGCUCGGGGCGCUUCUCAGCCGGCGUCGCCUGCAUGAACAGUGCUCCAGACCUUGUGAUGAAUGCCCAGCUGGUACAAGAGACGGCCUACCUGGAGGAUCGCCCACUUAGCAUGCUGUACUGUGCUCAUGAGGAAAACUGCCUCUCCAAGUCGGCUGACCUCAUGGACUGGCCCUACGGACACCGGCGCUUGCUGCGCUUCUCCUCACAGAUCUACAACCUCGGCCGGGCUGACUUCCGUCCCAAGGCUGGACGCCACAGCUGGAUUUGGCACCAGUGCCACAGGCACUACCACAGCAUCGAGGUCUUCACCCAUUAUGACCUGCUCACGCUCAAUGGCUCCAAAGUGGCUGAGGGGCACAAGGCCAGCUUCUGUCUAGAAGAUACAAACUGCCCCGCAGGAGUGCAGCGGCGUUAUGCAUGUGCCAACUUUGGGGAACAAGGAGUGGCAGUAGGCUGCUGGGACACCUACCGGCAUGACAUCGAUUGCCAGUGGGUGGAUAUCACAGAUGUAGGCCCAGGGGACUAUAUCUUCCAGGUGGUUGUGAACCCCACAAACGAUGUGGCAGAGUCAGAUUUCUCCAACAACAUGAUACGGUGCCGCUGCAAGUACGACGGACAGCGAGUCUGGCUGCACAACUGCCACACAGGGGAUUCCUACCGACCCAACGCAGAGCUCUCCCUGGAGCAGGAGCAGCGACUCAGGAACAACUUGAUCUGAAGCCAUUAUUGCCAGCUCUGCUCACACACCAGAUACCUCAGCUUACUGGAGCCAUGCCCUUCACAAAGCCCUGACUCACGGGACAAGGGGCUAGUGACAAUGGGCACCACGAAGCUGCUCAGGAAGCCGUCAGCAUGGCCUUGAGGCUCUGGCCAGCUAAACCUUCUCUUCCUUAAGGAGACUCUAGCGUCUUUAUAACUUGAUGCACAGUUCCCAGUUUCAGGAGCUCUAAGUUCCUCAGGGAUGAACUGUGACCAAGGCCCCCUCUAAGUGGUGCUUUGCAAUUGUCUGGGAGGAACAGAGGACAGAGGACCAGAGAACACAAGAAGUGGGUGGAGUCAGUUCUCUCUGCUAUACGCUCCCUGCAAAAUAACCGUGUCAAAGUCACACGUGGCAGAGAAGCUGGUGAAUGCAGUCCCUCAUCUUAUCCUCACUUAGAACUCACAUCUCAGGCGCUCCCUUUAUUCUGUCACAUAGUUUCCAAUACCCCUGAGCCCUCAGGCCUCCUCCAUUUCCAGACGGAUCAACACCCCAAUCCCUGGGGCUGGGUGGCAAGUUUCACAUGAUGACAUAAUACUCUGCCUUUCCUGCAGAGUAGCAAGAAAUUAAGAAGACAGCAGAGGUCACAAUAAAUUCAACCUCUGAGGACCUUUGCCCAGGGGGACAACAGGAUGCCCAUAUCUGGCAGGCAGUCUAGUCUCUUAGAAUCACCCACACUGCAGGGUUAGCCUAAAUUUCAGAUUUAACCAAGGCCACUUUACCUUAAACGAACUUUUACAGUUGAGAAGAAAUUGGUCAAUCUUGCACCUCUGCAGGAACACCAAGACAGGUCUGGUAGAGUCAGGAACAGAAGACUGAAUUAACAAGAAACGAGAACGCUUCAUUUAGUCCAGGACAAAACCUGGGAGAGGUCACCAUUGAAGCAGCUGUGCUCUGGUGGUCUAAGCCUGGGGUCUUCUAGGGCAUGUCUGGACCUUUCUCCACUGACUGACACACAGCUGAUCUUUCUAGGUCUUAUAAUGCCAAUAAAGGCUGCUCACUGUGAGCUGCUAGAGGCCAGACAGCUGAGCUUCCGUAGCUUCCAGUGCACUGCACUCUGCCCUCUCCCUCCAGAGCUGGCUGCUGCUCACGACACAAUCCUUGGGAGAGUCCACCCCAGUAGGUUUCUUGAGUCACACACUAACCUGCUUUGCAGGUCAACAGUGAACCUUGGGUCAGGAAGGCUGAGAGGCCAAGGGGAUGAAUGAGAGGGUGCAACCCAGACUGAGGUUUUAUAAUAGAGGCUACAAAGUCAAAAUAAAUGGUAACAGACAGAACUGAUUUACAGCAUUCUCCUCCCCACAUUACAAGAGCUACCCUGACAGUCAAAACACAUGUUUUGGGGUACCCUCUGUGAACAAAAAGUGCCUUUUUCUGUCUCCUUCACUUGACAUGAGAAGCCUAUUUUGGUAUAACAGUUUAGGUAAACAAGGGAAGGACUGAUUUCCUCUUGGCUCCAGCAAACAGUGACAUACUCACACAUGAAGCUAAUGGUCUGCAAAAGAAUGUGCAGCUUGCUAGGGGUGGGGUGGCAAGUGAUGCCCGGACUUGGCAGGGAGGUUACCCUCACCUUCUUGUUGGAUCUAGUUUCCAAGAGGCCAGAAAAAGCAGGCUAGGCAGACAGCCACCAGCUCUGGUCUCAGCUUUCCGGCCCACAUCACACGACUGGUAGGUGCAGCCAGUUCUAAUUCCUGGAAAAAGCUAUACAAGGGCUGUGCUGUUAAACUUCUGAGUUAAAAGGGAAAGACACGGGCAGGUUGGUGGCUGGCAUGACUUAUAACUAGAUGAGGAAUGUUAACAGAAUACCAAUCGCCAAAUUCCAGACAGAACCAAAAACCUCGGAAGACUUUCACCUGGCACCCUGUGUGCCCCAGGGAAGGGCUAGGAAGCUCUCUUCAGAAGCUAAUAGACUUUUACGCUUUAAAAGAGAAAACUAGAAUCCACAGGGACUGUAACUUCCUACUAGAAUUCUACAUUACCCUGAGAUUUAGAUGUUUAUCAUACAGAAGACAUAUAUGUAGGACUAAGUACAGGAGAUGUUAUCCCUAUAGCAACAUUUCUUUCAUAGCAGCCACAGUGUCUAAACAGCUCUCCUUAUUCUAGAGAGGUCUGUUCCAUGAGACAGUAGCCACCACAUGGUGUUCUCCCACUAACUCCUCUUAUAAAAGUUCGGUUUAGAUAUAACCAAGCAUUUGAUCCUGCAUGGACAGCCUGGGCCAUGGCUGGGACUUCUCACCACUGACUAAUACACAGCACCCCCAAUUACUGGAAUAAAAUAAGCAAAAAGCACAUUUUCAAUAGAAGUAAAACAGCAAUGCCCCAUAACUUUUGAAUGUUGACCUAAAAAACAAACAAACAAACAAACAAACAAACAAAAACUGCUCUCUGAGACUGAUUAGAAGAAUUAUCUGAGAGUUAAAAGUAGCUGAUUAUCAGACAUAAGGUAGGUUGCUUCUUUAAAAACUGGAUAAUAAACAUUACCAUGCCUUUAGAGGAAGGACAUUAAGCAGCUAACAAGAAGUCCUUUCACAGAAAGGUGACAAGUCUUUGCUUUCUUUCUUUCUUUUUUUUUUUUCUUCUUUUUUUUUUUUUCCAUUCUCAAGGUCACUCCUAAAUUCAAAAAUCCAGCCUGGGGAUGUAGGUCAGAGGUGAAUGCUGUCUAGUACAUAUGUGGCCAUGGUCUGGUAUCUAACUUGGGGUAGGGUGUGAAAACAGGUCAAGUGUGUGCCUUAAAUGUGUCUCUUAGUAUAAAGCCAUGCUGGGCCUGGAGCAAUGGCUCAACAGCCAAGAGCCUGGUUCUUCCAGAGGACCCAGGUACAAUCCCCAGCAUCCAUGUGCUGGCUCAGAACCAAUUGUAGUUCUAGUCCCAGGAGAGCUAACACAUACUUCUGGCCUCCAGUUACCAGGAAUUCAGACAUAUAUAAAAUUAAUAAUAAUAACAGAAAAUCAAUAAGAAUAUUAACAUGUAAUAUAAAAAUAAAUAUAUUUAUAAUAUAUUAUUAUAUUAAUAAUAAAUAACAUAAAAAUAAUAAAAGGCAAUACUGGAAUCCUUGGCA